CCCGCAUUUCCGGAGCUGACGCCACUCCGGUGGUAUAAAAGGUUUGGAUUUGGAGGCUCUCGCCAGUUCCUUUGGCUUCUCCGUCGCUCGCCAGGACCGGUGACCCGCUUCUUCUCCCAGCUCUUACCCGCUGCCCCAGCGCCUCCCCAGGAUGUCGUACUACUACGAGCAGUGCAAGCAGCCCUGCCUGCCGCCGCCCAUCUGCCUGCAGAAGUGCGCCAAGUGCGUGGAGCCCUGCGCCACGAAGUGCGUCGAGGUCUGCCAGGCCCCCUGCGCCACCAGCUGUGCCACCAGCUGUGCCACCCAGUGCGUGGAGCCCUGUGCCACCCAGUGCGCCACCAGCUGCGCCCCGCAAUGCGUGGACGUCUGCGCCCCGCAGUGCGUGGACGUCUGCGCCAAGCCCUGUGCCACCCAGUGCGUCGAGGUCUGCGCCCCGCAGUGCGUGGACGUCUGCGCCCCGCAGUGCCCCGCCCAGUGCCCCGCCCAGUGCCCGGAGCCCUGUGCCCCCCAAUGCGUCACCAAGUGCGUGGAGCAGUGCCAGACCGAGGAGUGCAGCACCAAGUGCGUGGAGUCGUGCGAGGCCGUGUGCCUGGAGCCCGUCUGCUCCCGCCCCUGCUGAUCCUGAUCUGGGCCUGACCCCGGUGACCCGUCGAAUCCGCGGGGUCCGGGAUGGAAAACACGGCGCGGACGCAUCGGCAACGCAACGAGACCUCUUGUGAUUAUCCCACGUUUUCUUCGCCUUGGAAAAUGUUUUCUCUCUGAGUGUUUCCUGUGUUUUCACUUCUUCUCCUGCUGCGCCGGCGUUUUUCCGUGGGCAUUCCCGAUAUUUUAACGUUGGGAAUCUCGGGAAGUGCUGUCAGCAGCUGGUGGUGGAAGACGUCGACGCUUUUCCUCUUCCCUUUUCCUCUUGCCUCUUCUCCGUCUUGUAAAUUCUCUAUGCAGCAAUAAAAAUUGACCGUUGAUGGCA